CCCUCACAUCGACUUCUUGGCUUUUCAUCCCUUUACGCCACCUCCACGACACACACUUUAUUGUAGCCUGUUCAGGCGACUUCACUCUUGCCGUUCGAUUUAUCUUUCGUUUUUCGUUCUGCUUGUUCAAUUGAUACAUUCGCGUUCAUCGAUACACACCCUUCAUCACCAUCACUGCUCGCCAUCAUGGUGUUCGACAAGAGAGACGAAUGCUUCAGGAACGGCGACGGAUCCAUAUCAUGCUACCGAGACGGAUUCUGGUACACAGAUAAAGGCAUAAUAAUCAAAUGGGUCAUCUUCGCCUGCUUCUUCGGCUUCUUCAUGCUCUGGUUCGUCGGCGGGUACAUCCACGCGAAGCGGCGCAUCAAAAAGGGUCUCCCUCUCCUCGCAUACCAUCGCUGGCUCGUCCCCCGCCGCCACUACAACCCCCAGCCCCAGAACCACUUCACAUUCUACUCCCCGCAGCACCAGCACCCGUACGGCCCACCCCCCCAGCAACGACCAGACGGCACAUGGCCCCAGCCGCCUCCGACGUACGCUCACGACGCGCCGCCUAGCUACUACGCCCCACCUGGCGGCAACCCGAACGGCGCGGCGAAGAUGUACCCGGGAGGAGCUCCUCAGGGGAUGGAGAUGCCGCAGUACGGUGUCCCCCCUCCGCCGGGACCACCGCCAGCACAACAACAGCAGAGCGGCGUCGUGGGAGGGUCGAGUUCACAGCAGCAGGGAGGACAGCAGCAGUGGCAGGGUGGGGAUGUCGAGGCGGGACAACUGCCUGAACGGCCGGCGAAUGCGAAGACGAGGGUGGCGGGGCUGAUGGACAGGUUCCGUCGAUAAGGACAUGCCCCCUCCACCUAACCAAAAAAAAAUAAUAAACAAAAAAAGAAGAAAGGAAAAGGGAGAGAGGGAAGAGGGGAGAAAGCAUACACAAACCGGCGUUUUUGAAG